AUGUCGCUCCAAGACAUCAAGCACAUCGCGCUGGUGCUAUCAGGAAAAGGUGGCGUUGGGAAAUCCAGCGUCACCACACAACUCGCGCUCGCGCUCUCCCUCCAAGGACACAACGUGGGCGUACUCGACAUCGAUCUUACCGGACCUUCGAUACCGCGCUUCUUCGGCAUCGAAAGCGCAAAGGUGCGCCAAGCGCCUGGGGGAUGGCUACCUGUGCAGGUGCAUGAUGGGCAAGAAGCAUCAGACAAGACGAAUGGGCAUCAUGAAAACGGACAAGAGAAGAACAGCCAAAGCGGCCACGGAGCACUCUACUGCAUGUCCCUCGGCUUCCUUCUAGCAAACAGAGGCGACGCCGUCGUCUGGCGCGGCCCGAAGAAAACGGCCAUGGUGCGGCAAUUCCUCUCAGACGUCCACUGGGGUCCGCUGGAUUACCUCUUAAUCGACACUCCGCCCGGCACGAGCGACGAGCACAUUUCGCUGGUCGAGACGCUGCUUAAAUCAGCUACGCCUGAGCAACUCGCCGGCGCUGUCAUCGUAACGACCCCGCAAGCGAUCAGUGUGAGCGACGUCAAGAAGGAGAUAAAUUUCUGCCGGAAGACUUCCGUCCACGUCCUCGGCGUGAUAGAGAAUAUGGCCGGGUUCGUGUGUCCGAACUGCGCAGAGUGUACGGAUGUCUUCUCGAAGGGAGGUGGGAAGGCUAUGGCGACGGAGUUUGAGGUGCCUUUCUUGGGGAGUGUGCCGAUUGAUCCGAUGUUUAUACGGCUUAUUGAGGAAGGAAAGGCGCCGGUCUAUCCUGAGGGGACUGUCGUUGAUGGGCAGGAUAUGCAUCAGAAUGGCGAGAAGAGUGAGGUUGGAGACGAGGGACUACUGGUGGAGAAGUAUGCCAGGUGCUCGCUUUGCCCGGUGUUUGCCGGGAUUGUGAGGGGGUUGGUGGACAACAUCAACGUUACGGCAGGAUGA